CACUCUCGCGCGCGCCGCUGUUGCACGCGGUGUGUUCACGAGCAUCCGCUCUGCGCGCCCACUUCACAGUUCAUCCGCGCAGUUACAGGAGAGUAUUAUUUACAGUGCGAGAAACGAAUACGAAGAGAGAAGACGCUUGAUUUAUGGGGAUGGAGGUGGACUGUAAACCAGAGGACCUGUCUACAUGUUUGUAUGAUGAGCACUGUGUGGAGCAGGGAGAGGUUAAAGAUAUGAGGCUGGAGGCUGAGGCGGUGGUCAAUGAUGUGCUCUUCGCAGUCACAGACAUGCACGUCUCUCAUAAUCUUACCAGUGGAGUGGAUGUGGCAUAUAUAAACGUGGAAAUCAGAGAGGGAAACCGGUACUGCUUAGAGCUCACAGAGGCAGGUUUAAGGGUGGUUGGACAUGCCUUUGGUCAGGUUGAGGAGGGUUUGAGCACCCAGUAUCAUGAGACUGUUUACUCACUGCUGGAUUCUCUGAGUCCGGGAUACAGAGAAGCGUUCGGAAAUGCUCUGCUACAGAGACUGGAGAGGCUCAAACAAAAUGGACAGUGAGGAUCAUUCAGUAUCAUUCAGAACAUCUUUGCUCGCUAAUGGUCAAAUCAAGUUCUGUGCUGCCCUCAGCUUAUAGCAUCAGUGGUACCUUACCAUUUUCUGUUUUGAACCUUUCAUUUGUUUUAACAGAACUUCUAGGUGAUUAUUUGCCUGUGAUGUUUUAAGGGUUUUAUUCUAUUAUUUGGAGAGAUAUCAUUAGCAGCAGUGGUGAAAUAACAGGCCCAGAUUAAUACUCCAUAUAGUAUUCUCCUCUUUUUUUUUUAUUCUAAACAUUCAGCUAAAAAUACAGUUGCUAAUUCAAGUGAAAUAUCCCUCUGAUAUAGCACUUUGUGCUGUUUUGGGGAUGUUGGGAAAAUGUUAUUGGAACUAAAAAGCUUGUAUGUUAACAUACAAGUGCACAGAUUUGAGCUAAUCUGGGUUUAUUAAAAUAUUAGUUUUAAAACUCCAUACUACACAGCAUGGAUCAGUAUUAUCAUUAAAAAUAUAUCAGAUGCCUUACUAUUUUAAGUUUUACCUGUCCACAGGAUAGUGGUUGUCUGAAAUUUUAGUUUAAAGUUGAGAUACAUCAUGUAUCUUCUAUUCCUCUUGCUUGCUAAUUAAUAAUCUGGGUUCAAUACAAGUUAAGCGCAAUUGACAGCGCAUUUGUGGCAUAGUUGAUUACCAUAAAAAUAAAAAAAACAAUUUUUUUUACUUGUCCCUUUUCAUUUAAAAAAAAAAGCAAAAAUUGAAGAUACUGUGAGUCACUUACAAUAAAACUUAUAUUAUUUGAGCUGGAAAUUUGUUUAAAUCGUCAUUUUUUCAGUGGUUUUAGGGUUUGUUUACAAAAAAGUUGUAAAAUUGGAUAUAACUUUACACAGAAAAGUUUAGUAAGUGAUUUUAUCACACUAAAAUCAUGUUAACACGCAUAUUGUUUACGUCUUGUGGCUAUACUUUUGAAAUAGUGAGCAUUUUAACGUUUACAGAUUGGCCCCCAUUGUAAGCGCCUCACUAGAGCCCACAUUUUUGCUUUUUUUUAAAGGAGGGACAAGUCAAAAUACAUUUUUGUGGUAAUCAAUAUUAUGCCACAAAUGCUGUCGAUUGAGCUUAACUUGUAUUAAACCCGGAAUAUUCCUUUAAUGUCAUAUCAAACUCUCUUUGUGAAUGUAAGAAAAUGCCUAAUCCAUUGCUUGCUUUCUCAUUCUGCCAAAAUCAGCAGAAAGGACUGAAGUGUCAAAACAUGGUGGUGGUAUCCAUCAUCAACCCCUUUCCAAAAUGUACUUAUUGGAAUUUUUAAUGAAAAAUACAGAAAAGUGUUGAUUUCUGUAGAACGUUUAGUGUGGACAUUCAAAAUCUUUCCCUGCAAGUAUGUUAUAGAAGAACAGCAUGUUUGUGUGGAUCUCAGUGCCCACUUUAAAAAAAAAACAAAAAAAAAAAAAACACCAUUUAGUUAUAUAUUUGCUAGAACAAACAUAUCACAUGUAAAUCCAAUGUUGGUGUUUUUUAAAGUGUUGAUUAUUUUUCUUCUUGUGACAAAUGAUUUUACGUUAUGUAGUGACUUAAUCCAUUGAUUUGACAUUUACAACACUAUGUAAUUCCAAUAUUUUUUUUUUUUUUUAAAGCAUAUUUGAAAACAAUUAUAUUUGGGACCAAAUAGUAAUGUUGUGGCUUGAGCCCUUGAAUGGACUGAUUUUAUGAAAUGUAUACAUUCUAUAUAUUGCACAGAAUUGCACUAAUGGAAAUAAGGUUGCCUUUUAUAUGACCUGUUUGAAAGGGCUGCUUAAAUUAUACUACAAAGUUCCAUUCCACUACAUUUUUCUUUUGUGUCCCACAAUUGAGUUUAGAGUGAAGAGAGAUUUUAAUCAUUAAUAGAUGCAUUAAUACAUGAAGUUCUUAUAUGAUGAGCUUCUACCUCAUGUUGGAUUUUUGUUUUUCAGCCAGUUAACUUGCCUGUGUUUCUGAGGCAGAGAAUAAUCAAAUGGUAUACUGAUACUAGGGCCAAUGAACAGGAUCUGUAUUCUCAUUUUAGCAAAUAAAAAAAAAAGUCACAAACCUUAAUUUUCUGAAAGUUUAACAACCAAAACAACAAAUAUGAAAGAGUGUUGAAUGACUUAACAUGGCACAAAUACCUUCUUCUGUACCUGAAGAAAUGUUGCUCGCUUCUGUUUCCUUGUAAUAAAAAGCACACAUUUAAAUGUUA